AUGAUUAAAUUUCUCAAGCAGUUGAGUGUUGAAUCCGUUGUCGAUGUUAUCGGUGUCGUCGCUUUACCUAAAGAUCCUUUGAUUGGAACAACACAACAGGUUGAAAUUCAAGUGAGAAAAGUGUUUUGUGUCAAUAGAGUCAAGUUACCUAAAUUACCACUUAAUGUCGAGGAUGCUUCUCGAAGUAAAGCAGAUAUUCAGGCUGGGAAACCUGGUGCCUAUCAGGAUACACGUUUGAAGUAUAGAGUGAUCGACCUUAGAACACAACCUAAUCAAGCCAUUUUCCGCAUUCAGGGCCAAGUCCAAAUUGGUUUUGUUGAAAUCCACACACCGAAAUUGAUAGCUGGUAGUAGUGAAGGAGGUUCUGCUGUGUUUAAGUUGAACUACAAAGGGAAGGAUGCUUGUCUGGCUCAGUCUCCUCAGCUUCAUAAGCAGAUGGCAAUAUGUGGUGACUUUCGCCGCAUCUUUGAGAUUGGUCCUGUUUUCAGAGCAGAGGAGAUUGAUAAUUGGUUAUCUUUGAUGUACGAUCCUCUUUACUGCAACUCAUUCGAUGUCUUCAUCAGAGGCGAGGAGAUCAUAUCGGGAGCUCAACGUAUCCAUGACCCAGAAUUAUUAGAGAAACGCGCAAAGGAACACGAGAUUAAUGUCAACACAUUAUCAACAUACAUCGAUUUAUUCAGGUACGGUGCAUCUCCUCAUGGGAGAUUCGGAGCGGGGCUGGAGCGAGUGGUGAUGCUAUUUUGCGCCCUCGAUAACAUCCGCAAACCAUCACUCUUCCCUCGUGACCCUCAAAGACUAGCUCCCUAA